AUGGGUCUCCCCUCUGGUAACUGCAAGGACAGCAAGGAUGGUUGGAUGGCGCUGCUCCCUCCGCUGCUGCCCCUGCUGCUGUCCCUGCUGCCCCUGCUGCCCCUGCUGCUGCUGUCCCUGCCGGUCCCCAGCGGCGCCCAGGAGCCCCCUCACACAGCGUGUUCUCAAAACACAAACAAGAGCUGUGAGUUGUGUCUGAAGAAUGUCUCCUGUCUUUGGUGCAAUUCUAACAAUGCGUGCCUGGAUUACCCGCUUAAAAAAAUACUACCGCCAGGUUCUAUUUGUAAGCUGAGUUCCGCACGCUGGGGUGUUUGCUGGGUGAACUUUGAAGCCUUGAUUAUUACAAUGUCUGUGGUAGGAGGGGCUCUUCUCAUCGGCGUGUUUGUCUGCUGCUGUUGCUGCUGCAGAAAAAAGAAGAGCAAAAAGCCAGAUAAAGAUGAAGAGAGAGCCGCUAGAGAGAGAGAUCAGAGGAAAGUGCGGCAAGAGGAAAGGAGGGCAGAAAUGAAGACAAGACAUGAGGAAAUCAGAAAAAAAUAUGGCUUGUUUAAAGAAGAAAACCCUUAUGCCAAAUUUGAAAACAACUAAAAAAAAAAGACCCUCUGGAACUUCAAGGAGUCCCAAUCUCCUCUUGAGAAAUGGAGCUGUUCUAAUCAAUGGAUUAACAAUUGUGUAAUCGAAGUACAGAACAUUUACUCAGGCGCCACAGUAUCCUUCCAUCGGUACAGCAUUAGUCAGGCACCUUCAAUGAAAAGCUUUUUCCACCCUCCCAAAGCUGAGCCCAGCUAAAUCCCGAUGCGUUGCUCCAACCGGCGAAACUGAUUCUAAACAAUAUAAACCUUCCCUUGCCUUGAAAUUUUAGUAAACCUUCUCAAGGAUCCAGGUAGGGCUAGGCUGCCUACUUCUUGAAAACCUUUCUUUAAAUCAUGUUUCUUUCCUCAUUUUUCCUACCUUUACUCCUUCUCGCUCCUAAAUGUGAAUAGGCAAAGAUUUCUUUUCACUAUUCUUCCCCCUAAUUUAGUAGCCCUAUUUAGUUCUUCCCUCACUCCUUUCUUUUACUACACUUACACUCCACGCUGUUUGUCUUUCCUCCCGUCUCCUGCCCCUUGCGUGGGCAGGCUUCUUAAAGCUAUGAUAAAAGUCACUUUUCAGUAUUUUCCUAGUAAGAGUGGAAAAUCCUGAGCACCGAAAUCAACGGACAUACCCUCUUCGCCCUGGUAAAGGCGACAUUGAUUUUAUUUCGUUAGAAUUGGUUUGUCCUGCUCUUGGUUGGAGUGGCGACCACUUUGGGUUUCAUUCUUUCACUGAAUAAGGAACGUAAACUUCCACUUCGGAGAACUCGAUCGUAUUAUGUGACAGAAUUAAGUACUUAAAUGUAACGGUAAAUCCGUUUCUAAGGUUGAGUGUAGCUAAACAUGUAUAUUUAAUGCAAACGCUUGGCUCUUUUUAAUCCUACCAUUCACCAGGAUAAGUAGACUGGAAAGAGUGCCUCAUUUUUUAAGCCUGUGUGGAUUAAAGCAGCAAUUAAAAAGCCUCUACUUUCUGGAAAAAAGCAAAACCACCGGGGAUGCAUUUUGCUCUACGUGAAGUAGUCUGGUGAUAGACUCAAGAAGGCAACUCUGUUGUCUCAGCUGGAGGCAGUUAGGUGUGCUGGCUUUUUUGUACACCUCAGGUGAUAAUCGCCUUCCUGGUGAAAACACAGCUUUUUGGGAUUCCUCUGAGCAUGAAAUAGGCCCCCUGAGGCAUUUGAGGCAGAUGUACUCCUUUCUGCCAACCCUGAGAGCCGAUAAACCCAAACUCCCGGAGCCUCAGACAGGGAUUGUGCUGGCUGGUUGUGCAGGACUCAGAGGCUUAGCUUUUUCCUCCUUUCUCCAGCUCCCACGAUAGCUGUCUAGUAGAUAGCCACCCAAGAGCCUUGUCGGGCUUAGUUGAAGCGAAGGGCCGCCUCCAAAAAUAUUCUUUUUUUUUUUUUACCAAUUUAGCUGAAACGGUGAAAACCAUCCUGCUCAACAAAGUGAAAUGAAAAUCUUUGGUUUUUUUUUUAACUGCAGUACAGUAACGCAUUAACGUCAACAUGUCUAUGCGGAAUUAUAUCCGCCAUAAUAGCCGGAUCUUCAGAUAACGUGCCUUAUAUAUUGAAGCUUUGAUUCGUCCUGCUUACCAUCACAGUUUGCAUACUCCUGGUGUGCUAAAAUAGUUUAGAAACUACAAUAAGCAAAAAUACCACCAGGGCUAGGAGGCUUUGGAUUUUUCUUUUCUGUUGGUCUCUCUGUCGCGCUCUCUCUGACCUUCUCUUUGUCACUACCAUCCCCACCACAGAAUCUCCUGUGGCUCUUGAAAAGAUUUGGGAAAUCGGUACCGUGAAGGAGACAUUUUUUUCUGAAUUGUUAAAACUCCCUUUAGGUUUGGGGAAAGAUGCGGGAAGAAAAGGUAGCAUUCCAGGUGACACUCCAAAUCCCAUUUUGGGAAAACUUGCUUAAGCACGGAAUGAAGUCAGUUGCUGUUCUUUUGAUUAUCUUGAAAUACAGUUUUUGCACUCCAAGGACAACUUUUUAAAAUACGUAUUAUGCCUUUACUGUGAAUUACCCUUUGAACACUGAAAUAUCACUGAUACGAAAAUGUCAUAAUGUCGGUCUUGAAUCCUCUUUCCCUCACUCAGUUCCAAGUUCUAAUUACUUCAAACCAAGUAGUUGGAAGUAGUAUUAUGGUAUACAGUCUAAAAGUAGUUUAGUGCAAUGUGCAAACUUUUUCUGUUUUAUAAUAUCAAAUAUUCUAAUGAACUUAUCAAUUUUAUAGGCAGAAGCUCAGUUAUUGAUGAAUCUAACAAAUCUGCUAACAUUAGAAUGAGUUUAAAUCUACAAAAUAACAUAGUGGUUAACAUCACGUUUUUAUUACACUUUUUGUGUUGUGAAAUCAUCUAACUUUAAUACUACAUUCCUUUUUUUGGUGAUAUGUUAUUUUUGCUACUGGACUAACAGAACUCUACAUUGCAAUCACAAGCAAAAUUUGUGAAUCUUAAGAUACAUUCCUUUUUUUGGUGGUAUGUUAUUUUUUGCUACUGGACUAGCAGCAACUCUACAUUGCAAUCACAAGCAAAAUUUAUGAAUCUUAAGAUGUUCCUAACUCCAAAUAAACAGGGUCAAUAAAUGUA